CUUUUUAAUUACCGUAUCUUGUUAUGGUGGUGAAAUAAGACUUUUGCUGGACUCAGUCGCUAAAGCUGUCAGUAGCCUUAACGUUCCAGUGUUUGCUUUUCACGGCUGAGGGAUAUCCCGUGGACUCUCUCCAGUGCACACAUUGCCACUCUUUGUGUGAAAGUAUUUGCUUGCCCAAUUCUAUUUCGGUUUAUGUGUUCCAAAAAUAGAAAAUUUCCUUACCUGACGGUUACAGAUCUGGAGACAUUUACGAGAAACAAUAUUUUAAUACACCUGGAAACCUUUGAAAUCUAUAAUGAAAUAUGUGGUGGACAUUUCUCUUUAAUGACUUUGCAAUAAAAUGUGCCUGCAUUGCCUACACACGCACACACACACGCACGCACCCACGGACACACGCGCGUAUUAUCAGUAAUAUUGUUCACUUUUAUUUCACUAACCUUGUCAUAUUCAAUACACAUAGUAGGCUAUGUGGCUAAAACUCAAACCAACUUAUCAAAUGAUUUCUAUUUGUUCACAAUUGUUGAAAAUAAUAUGAUACAAAAUGUUUUCUGGUGAUAUGACCAAGUUUGGAGAUUUGUAAUUCAUUAGAUUGUCAGUCACACUGACAUAUGCUGUCAUUAUCCCUUUGUUUUAAAUAUUAAAAAUAAAUAUUGUUGUCAGCUAAAUGAUGUAUUUAAAUAUGGAGGAUAGAUACCAGUUUAUUUAUGGAGGACAGGCCGACUGUGCACUCAGCUUCAUACAUUUGGUUGUGUUCAUUUAGCUUAUUACCGUCUAUGGUCUGAGUUAGAACGGUUUGCUUUCAUAUCCUUUUAAAGACCUAAUGUCCACAUAAACAUCUGGAAGUUGCAUUUCAGUGAUUAUAAUUUAUACUGUUCAAACAUACAUAACUAUUUGUCAGAAAAAUUUGCAGUGACAUGCCAACUUCACAGAUAGAACAACACUUUGUCUCAUCUUAAAUAUCUCAGUCUUUUGCCUCGUAUUUGAACCUUCAACACAGGAAAUAAGGAAGUUCACUACUGUGAUAAGAAUGGUUACUCUGCAAGCCGUUUCGCUAAGUUGUCAGGUUCUGAAACUGUGAGCUCUGUGUCCCAGUUUGCAAUCCUCAGAUGCAUUACAUUUGCAGAAAUGCUAUCUCCUAAUAUUGUAUCAGAGCAAAUAUUAAAAGGCCACAGCUUGAAAGAAAACAACACUUGAUAAAAAAAAGUCUCGUUUUGUCAGGUUAUUCUCUCAGAUUUAUUUAUUUUUAGUAUCAUACAAAAUAUUUUAGCCGCAUGUUAGAACAUAGCCUAGCCUACUUGUAGUCAGUUGGAAAUCAUUUAGAUAGAUUAAACAAACAUUUAGAAAUAAACUAUAUCGUAUUGGUCUCUUGGGUGUUCCCUGUGAGGUAAAAAUAUUGUGCCUUUAAGUACACAUAUGCAUCAAUAAGAUUUCUACCCAAAAAAGAUUAUCUAAAUUAAUAUAUAAUGCAUAGCAACCAGAUUAAACUUUAAAUAUAACAUGUAAUGUAACUGGUGGUUAAGUUUGCAUGUGGCAUGCAGUUGCAAUGCUCAUGCAGCACAUGGAAAAUAAAAAUUCACAUGGGUAUUCACAUGGGUGGCAAAAUAUGUAGGCUAUGUUGUUUUUGGUUAUAUUUGCAAGAAGUGUACCUCCUUUGAAAGAAAAGGGUACCGGACAUAAUCAAAUAUCAUUGUGUACCUAAGAGGGAAUAUAUUAUAUUUGUUAUUUGAGGUGCUAAAAUACACCCUAGCCUGAUUAUACCGUUUUUUGAGAGUGUGGUGACUAAAUAAAUGCCUAUUGUUACCAGAAAGAAAACUAAAAUAAUGUAUCAGUUUAUGUGUGUUGCACUGAGCAUUUUGUAUAGAACACAAAAAUGACAACUGGUAGACAAAUAUGCAGUAAUACGGCAAUGCACAUACUCGAGAGCACACGUAGGUAUAUUAAUGUUGUGAUGAUGAGCUGCUGUUAGCCUAUGGUUGUUGUGGCAGAUAGGGAUAAUGCCAAUUUAAAUGCAAGCCCCGCUGUGAUCUUAAUUGGUGAUUUGUGUCAUGGGACAACCAGCCCAGGGGCAGAAACACAAAUACGACAGAGACCUUGUCUGCGUUUUCUCAUUCCCCACUUUCUGGGCAAAUUACUUUAUGAGGUGCAAUUUUGUGCUUCCUGCAGCUUUCCGUUUUCUUGUCUAAUCACUAAGAAGACAACUCUGUCCUUCUCAGAAUGAAGGAAUUUCAGAAUGAAUAAAUUGAUUAGCGGUUGGCAAGCUCGCACCGUAGAUCUAUUUAAGCGCCGUCUUCUGUCCGCAAGAACGAUGUGUCUGAAACAAUACGUCCAUUUUGUGACUAAAAUAUGAAACCUUGCAAACGCUUGCGCAGAAAUAAAUACACCAUUCAGUUGUCAGAUAGUAGAACUCUUAAUCGACUUUGCCCAUGGUUUGGCAAUCCAAGACACCCUUGAUCGUUACUAUUCCCUUUUCCUAUGCUGCAGGGAAGGAUCAAGUGGGAAUUAUUCAUAAGGCCCGAGUCAGCAGGGUCCUCCCCGAGUGUUUCAAGGUCUUGUUACAGAAACAACACGCGGGCGUCGGAGGCGUCUUGGCCCGACCGUGCUGCAGCACUUGUUUUCUGCAGGGCCGGCGCAGGCCCUGCUUACUAAGCCUCGCUGAUCCCGAUGGCUCUCCGAGGGGCAGGGACUUGCUAUUGCUCUUGGACUUCCCCGCGUUGAAACGGCCUCACAUGGCAAACUCACUUUCGCCUAUUCAGCAGCCUUGGCAGAGCUUUCGCGUCGCCACGAGGGAGCUAUGAGGCUGCUGAGGAGAGGAAGGCGUUCUGUGGGGAAAACAAAGGCCAACAUUGAAAGCUGUGUCGCUGAGGACAAGCCAACUGGUCUCGAUGUGAAGCUAUCCCAUGAUGCAACAUGUGUCCCCAGCACCAGCACUGACAAUGAUGGCCACUCAGAGCGUUCCUCCACCAUCGUACCAGGAGAGCCAACAGAUGACGGGCACCACUCAACAGAACUCCAAGGCCCAGCCGGUCCACAUCCCAGCAUCCUCGGCAGCAGGGGCCACCCCAGUCAGCGUGACCCUUGACCCCCAGGCCCAGCUGGAGUCAGACAAGCGUGCUGUUUACAGACACCCCCUUUUCCCGCUGCUUGCCCUGCUGUUUGAGAAGUGUGAGCAGGCCACACAGGGGUCGGAGUGCAUCACCUCCGCCAGCUUUGACGUGGACAUCGAGAACUUUGUCCACCAGCAGGAGCAGGACCACAAGCCCUUCUUUAGCGAGGACCCCGAGCUGGACAACCUGAUGGUGAAGGCUAUCCAGGUGUUGCGGAUCCACCUGCUAGAGCUGGAGAAGGUGAACGAGCUCUGCAAAGACUUCUGCAACCGUUACAUCACCUGCCUAAAGACCAAGAUGCACAGCGACAACCUGCUGAGGAACGACCUGGGUGGGCCCUACUCCCCCUCGCAAACCUCCCUGAGCCUGCAGCAGGAACUCUUGCAGAGCUCCACCCCCUCGGCGGUCUCCAGCUCCGUCAACCCCUCAGGCAUCGUGGUCCCUGCCAGCGCCCUGCAGCAGGGCAGCGUUGCCAUGACGACCAUCAACUCGCAAGUGGUGUCAGGUGGAACUUUGUAUCAGCCGGUAACCAUGGUGACAUCGCAGGGGCAGGUGCUAACCCAGGCUUUGCCGCAGGGGACCAUCCAGAUCCAAAACGCACAGGUAAACCUGGACCUCUCCGCGCUGCUGGACAACGACGAUAAGAAAUCGAAAAACAAGCGGGGGGUCCUGCCGAAGCACGCCACCAACAUCAUGCGCUCCUGGCUCUUCCAGCACCUCAUGCACCCGUACCCUACAGAGGAUGAGAAGAGACAGAUCGCAGGACAAACUAAUCUCACUCUGCUACAGGUCAACAACUGGUUCAUUAACGCCCGCAGACGAAUCUUGCAGCCCAUGCUGGACGCCAGUAACCCUGACCCAGCGCCCAAGGCUAAGAAGAUGAAGUCUCAGCACCGGCCGACCCAGCGCUUCUGGCCUGACUCCAUUGUAGCCGGUGUCCUCCAGACGCACGGAGCGCACUCAGCCAACAACUCCGACAGCUCCCUGGCAAUGGACAACCUGCAGCCUCUGUCCUCAGACUCAGCUACGUUGGCCAUGCAGCAGGCCAUGCUGGGGGGAGCAGACGACUCCAUGGACGGGACGGAGGAGGAGGAAGAGGAGGAGGAGGACGAGGAGGAAGAGGACGAGGGGAUGGAGGAGGAGGACGAGGCCGAAGAGGAGAGGGGGGAGAGAGGGAGACGGCUGCACAGUGCCGCCAUUCGAGACCUCGGCCUGGAGCACAACGAGGGCCUGGAGUGAGGAAGAGCAGGAGGAGGAGGAGCAUUAGGAGGAGGAGGAGGCCACAGAACCGGAGCAUCCACACUGCACAAACACAGCACACACAGUAUGCAUACCCCAUCGUCAUGGACAAAGACCACGCUCACGUUCAAACCGGAAGGCUCGCCCAUGCUGACGCCUUUCAGCACAGCACAGCGCAAAACCCAAACCCUCAGACUUCGACAGAGCGCCGGCGCGGAGGAGCCAGUUAGCAGUCCCGCGUUAUCUAAGAUUGUAAAGAUGUUUAUUUCCACAAGAGCUGCGCUGAUUGGUUUUCAUCAAGCUCUUAUUGAUUCGGUGUGUUCAAAUAACAACAACAAAAAAUAAACAAGACAACAACAACAACGAUAAUAAUAAUAAUAAUAGUAAUAAUAAUAAUAAUAAUAUUUGUUUAUGUAUGGAAGUCAAUGUUUAAGUUACAAGAGGGUGACAUUGGCCAAGCAGCUGCAAUUCUCUGGAAUGCCAAUGUCAUUGUUUACUCAAUGACUCAUCGCUUCUCAGGUCGAAUUCAUUAUGCUCUUUAUCAUUUCUUGUCUCAGAUAGACAUGAACUCUACAUUGUCACAAAUGGAUGUUUUCUUAGACGCAUGAUUUAUAAUAGUUCAUUAUUAAUAGGACAACAGAGAAUUAAAGACAGCACAAAGUUGGUAUAUCUGACCUUCUGAGGUUCGCCAAACAAUCGCUCAUUUGAAAGGUCAGUGAACGCUUGUGUACAUUACCGUUUUUUUUCUCAGCUUUUCGAAGGAAAACUUUAUACUUCCAGUGCACCCGAAGGACUUAAGGACUUACAGCUCUUUUGCAUUCUGUUAACCUCUGGCAGUCUAAUCAGACCUACGUCCAGAGUGUGCGAUCCUCAGCUGAAGUGGUGCAAUCGGAGACGUGAGAAAAAACAGACGAGUUUGAUUCUGAAAGUGAGCCAGGACCGAGCAACACGGGUGACCUCUGCGCCCGUUUCUCAGACCGUUUCCCACUUCUCCCCCCCCCCCCCCCCAAGAAAACGAAACAGAUUUAAAAACUAGUAGGAAAUAAAGGGCAGAGACACACUGUGCAAUUUCCUGGUUCUCGGCCUACAGGACAGGAGGGUCUUAUGUUAACGGUGAACUUCUGAAAGGAUGAGCAGAGACUUACAGAUGACUGUGAGAUGGACUCAUCUGGAACAGGAGGUGGAGCGUGAAAGGGUCCCGUCAAUUUUGUGUGAGGGAAAGUUGAAAACUGUGAAGGGUAUUUCUGGCCUUUUUGUGCUAAACAAUCUUCAAAAAUCAAAUUAGCCUUUUCUGAUGUGAUGUUCAGAAGAAAAAAAAAGAAAAAAGAUAAUCUGUUCUUGGAUGUCCAUUGAAAUUGUUCUUUGUGAAGUCUGUUCCUCAUAAUUGUUUUAUCGAUCUUGCUUGCUUUUCGAAAUUUCCUUUUCAAAGCAAGUUACACAUAGGGAAAUUUUUAAUUUGUUUGUACACAUUGUUGGCAUAAUCUAUUGUGUUUCAAUAGAAUGUUUUUUUAAUUAUUAAAAAAGAGAUUAAUCUA